AUGGUUCGCCCUCGCGGUAGGUCGAACCUGGGCGUAGACAUCCGCGGCGACACUAGCGCCCCCGCGAUGUCCACCAUGAACGACGCGAAUGCGUUCCUCGUCAUGCUCCACGGUCUUCGGUCGCAUGCUAAUACGACUCUCGCGCAGCAAUUGGACUCCGCAGUCUCCGAGAAGUCGAGCAAACCGCAUGCCAAAAAACGCCGUGCUCGCUCCCUCCUCCAUCGGUUCGCGGAUACAUGCCUCAAGUACACCUGGCUCUUGCCGCUGCUUAUCACGGUGUUCCUGCUGUCACUCUAUGCAAUUAACCCCACCACGUCGAAUCCCAUGCACAGCGCUAUCUUCCUGUCCUAUCCUCAGCCGCCCAAGUACCCCGGCGGUCCUGUCAUGUACGGAAAGGGCAAAAAGGACAUUGCUUUUGUGGCCUUCUACACCGUCGUCCUCUCCUUUACGCGCGAGUUUAUCAUGCAGCAGAUGAUCCGUCCUCUGGCUGCGUAUGCCGGAAUUAAAGGUAAGGGCAAAACGGCGCGCUUCAUGGAGCAGGUGUACACGGCCCUGUACUUUGGAGUGUUCGGCCCGUUUGGUCUGUACGUUAUGAAGCGAUCGGAUAUCUGGUACUUCAACACAACGGCCAUGUUUGAGGGCUUUCCUCAUCGCGAGCAUGAGGCUCUUUUCAAGGCAUAUUACCUCCUCGAGGCGAGUUACUGGGCACAGCAGGCCAUUGUGCUGCUGCUGCAACUGGAGAAACCGCGGAAGGACUUUAAGGAAUUGGUCGGCCACCACAUCAUCACUCUUGCAUUGAUUGGCCUGAGCUAUCGUUUCCAUUUCACGUAUAUGGGUCUCGCUGUGUACAUCACGCACGACGUUUCAGACUUUUUCUUGGCUACCUCGAAGACGCUCAACUACCUCGACCACUGGAUCACCGUUCCCUACUUCGGCAUGUUUGUAGGCAUGUGGAUCUACCUUCGCCAUGUUCUCAACCUGAAGAUCCUCUGGGCUGUCUUGACGGAAUUCCGUACCGUAGGCCCCUUUGAGCUCAACUGGGAAACUCAGCAAUACAAGUGCUGGAUCAGUCAAUACAUUACCUUCGCUCUCCUCGCUAGUCUGCAGGCCGUCAACCUCUUCUGGCUAUUCCUCAUCCUGCGCAUCCUCGCCAACUACAUCUUCAACAGUGUCAAAAAGGACGAGCGCAGCGACGACGAGUCCGAAGAGGAGGAGGUAGAAAAUGCGGCCGAGUCUAAGGCCGCCCUGGUCACGGGGGUGGAAUCUUCCGAGCAGGAAAACCAAGUCCCUCCCGUACUCGUCAAUGGAGAGCCUGCACCCGAGCUGCAUAACCUGCGUUCUCGCUCGGGGAAAGCAUGA